AUGAAGUCUAUUCUGGCUUUCGCUGGCCUGAUCAGUCUCGCAGGCGCAGCGACUUUCGAGUCGCCAGAUGUCUACCCUUCACCUCAGGGUCGAGGCACCGGGGCGUGGUCAUCGGCGUACGCAUCCGCCGAAGCCAUGGUCUCGCAGAUGACGCUGGAGGAAAAGGUGAACAUCACCAUGGGUGUUGAAUCACCCAACACUUGCGCAGGCAUGACUGGUUCUGUCCCUCGUUUGCAGUAUCCAGGUCUGUGCCUACACGACGCAGGGAACGGUGUUCGCGCGACCGACCUCGUUACGGCCUUCCCAUCCGCUCUGCACGUGGGUGCCACCUGGGACCGGAACUUGACAUGGCAGCGAGGCUGGUACAUGGGCAAGGAGUUCAAAGCCAAGGGGGUCAAUAUCAUUCUGGGCCCAAACGCCGGCCCAUUAGGCCGUAGUCCGCUUGGCGGGAGGAACUGGGAAGGGUUCAGCGUCGACCCUUACCUGUCAGGCAAGCUCAAUUAUGAGACCAUUGUCGCCCAUCAGGAGGCGGGUGUCAUGGCCAACAUCAAGCACUUAGUCGGCAACGAGCAGGAGACCUACCGCCGACCGUACUUUGGCGUCGAGGCCGUGUCCUCCAAUAUUGACGACAAGACGAUGCACGAGUUCUAUCUCUGGCCCUUUGUCGACUCUGUCCACGCAGGCGUGGCAUCGGUCAUGUGCUCGUACCAGCGCGUCAACAGCACAUACAGCUGUGAGAACAGCAAGGUGCUCAACGGACUGCUAAAGGAGGAGAUGGACUUUCAGGGGUUCGUCAUCUUGGACUGGAACGCGAUCCACAAUCUCAACAGUGCAAAUGCUGGACUGGAUAUGGUGAUGCCGCUGGGCGGCCACUUCGGGCAGAAUCUCACGGAUGCUGUGAACAACGGAACAGUUGGCGAAGAGAGACUCACUGAUAUGGCCACCAGAAUUGUCGCCGCUUGGUAUCUGGUAGGGCAGGAGGGCGAUAACCUUCCUGCGCCUGGCAUCGGCAUGUCGAACUUGACGCUACCGCACGAGCAGGUCGAAGCUCGAGACCCUGCCAGCAAACCCAGCACAUUGGAGACAGCCAUUGCAGGCCACGUCCUUGUGAAGAACGAGAACGGCGCGCUGCCAUUCCAAGAGCCCCCCAAGAUGAUCUCCGUCUUCGGGUACGACGCCACUGUCCCACCGACGAAGAAUGUGGAUAAGCUAUUUGAGCUUGGAUACACAUCUUCACAGGAGAUGGGCCCUGCCGAGCUAGGUACACAGCAGGUCUUUGACCAAGCUGCGAGAGGAGGUGCAAUUACUACCGGAGGGCGGGCUGGUGCCAAUGCGCCUCCAUACAUGCUUGAUCCCCUGAGCGCCAUCCAGUACAAGGCUCAUGAGACGGAUGCCUGGGUAAACUGGGACCUCUCGUCACCUCAGCCCCAGGUGAACGGUGCCUCCGAUGUCUGCCUGGUCUUCAUAAACGCCAUCGCCACCGAGGGAUGGGACCGCGCUGGCUUACACGACGAUUUCUCAGAUGGCAUUGUGCUUUCGGUCGCCUCGCAAUGCUCCAACACUAUAGUCAUAAUUCACGCCGCAGGCACGAGGCUUGUCGAUCAAUGGAUCGAGCAUCCCAACGUCACAGCGACAGUCAUUGCCCACUUGCCUGGCCAGGACAGCGGGCCUGCCUUGGUGAAGCUGCUCUACGGCGAGGUUGGGUUUUCCGGCAAGCUGCCCUACACAAUCGCCAAGAACGAGAGCGACUAUGGCGAGGUGCUGCACCCCUGCGGGCUGAAGUUCGAAGGCGACACUGAUCCGCAGUGCGAGUUCAAAGAGGGCUCAUACCUUGACUAUCGCGCCUUUGACAAGCAGGGCAUCGAGCCACGUUUCGAGUUUGGCUUUGGUUUGAGCUACACGACGUUCAGCUACUCGGAUCUGAAAAUCUCGGCCGUGGAUAUUUCAUCGUCGACGGCUUGUAAUGGAGACCACAUGUGGGAUACUGCUGCCGUGGUCACAGUCAACGUGGCCAAUACGGGCGACCGUGAAGGACAAGAAGUCGUGCAGCUCUACCUCGCCAUACCGAAUUCGCCGCCUAAGCAGCUUCGUGGUUUUGAGAAAAUUCGCUUGGAACCUGGCGAGCAGGCUACUGUUCGAAUAGAGUUGGAUAAGCGCGACUUUGCAGUGUGGGAUGUCGUGAGCCAACAAUGGGUCAUACAGGAGGCCGAGUAUGAGGUGUUUGUAGGAGCGAGUAGCAGGGAUCUUCCAUUGAGGGAGAAAUUUGUAGUUGAGACCGGCGAUAUGACUGAGAUGGAGAUCUAG